AUGGACAAUAUCCAGACGUUUUUCGACCAAUAUGUACAUCUUCCAAGGUAUGGCCUAACUUUUCCCUCGGUCACCACAACUUUUCAGUUUCAGCGAGAUUUCGAGCAAGCAUGACCACGCGUACAUCAUUCUGAUCCUCCUCUCCGUCAUUUUCAUCCUCCUCCUUCUCAUUUGCAACCUCUGUAUUUGCUAUUUUAUCAGACAACGACGUCGGCGAGAGGUAAGGCCGAGGAUUUCGGCGAAAGUUAGGCCAGGCAGUUGUCAAUGUCAGCACGCACUUGCAGCUCAUCGAUUACCCGUCGAACACUCUGCAGUACAUCCCGUUCCCCCGCAACAUCCGGAAGCCGUAUCGUACCGAAUCGGGCACUUCCUCGUCGAACCGAAUGAUGCUUCCGUCACGUCAUCAGGUCUGA